AUGGGAGCUGCAUUUUAUUAUCCAAGCUUAGGUACUAUAUUCUUGCUGUUAUCAUUCCUCUGGCUCAUUUACUAUUAUUGCUGCUUUAAGUUGAAUUACUGGAGACGGCGCGGUGUGCCACAGUUAAAGACAACGCAUUUAAUAUUUGGUGAUUUUAAAAAUGGUUUCUUAUUUCGAUCCCCACCCGGAUACCACUUCGGAGAUCUAUAUAGACAAUCGCCGAAGAACGCCCCGUAUGUUGGAAUUUAUUUAUCUCACAAACCAUGUUUGCUGUUAAAAGAUCCUGAAAUGAUAAAGCAAAUUUUUAUUCGGGAUUUUGAGAAAUUUUCCGAUCGCUACUUCGCUGGAACCCCGCAGAUGGACAGCACAGGAAUGAUAAAUUUAUUUGGAUUGAAAAAUCCUGCUUGGAGGUACUUGAGAAAGAAAAUCACUCCUCUGUUCACACGGAGUAAGCUGAAACAGAUGCUACCGUUUAUGAUGGACGCCUCCAACCCCAUGAUGGAGUUUUUGAAAAAGAAAGUCGAAAGCAACGAAAAUAAAGUUGAAGUAAUUGACGCCCAAGAUGUGAACUACAGGUUUACAGCAGAUGUGAUCGCUAAUGUGGCUUUGGGUUUUAAGUCUGACUCGUUCAAUGGCCCGGAAUCGGAUUACACCAAAAACUUUUUAAACUAUUUUCAUUCUUUUAAAAGGAUGUUUGCUAUUUUCACCGUAUUUUUCAUACCUGAAAUGAUAAGAAUAUUAGGAUUCCUGAUAUUAUACGAUUCAUCAUACAUGCGUAAAGUAUUUUGGAAUAUAAUCAACGCUCGGGAAAAGAGCGGAGUUAAAAGAGGAGACUUUAUCGACACACUAAUACAAUUAAAGAAUGGCGAACAAGAUCCCAUUUAUAAAUUUGAAGGCCAACACCUGUUCUCACAAACAGGGACGUUCUUUUCUGGCCUUGAAACUAGUUCAAAUGUAUCUGCGUUUACUCUCAUGGAGUUAGCAAAAAAUCCACAGUAUCAAGAACGAGCCCGCGAAUGUAUUGAUGAAGCAGUAGCUAAGCACGGAUGGACCAUCGAAGGGUUAAAUGCAAUGAAAUUUUUGGAGCAAUGCGUUUCUGAGGGUUUACGGAUGCAUCCCUCUGUGUCGACUUUAGACCGCUACGCACUCGAAGAUUACAAGUUUCCAGACACAGAUCUCGUAAUUGAAAAAGGGACACCUGUAUAUAUUUCUUUAUAUGGUGUGCACAGGGACCCACAAUUCUUUGAAAAUCCUGAUGUUUUUGAUCCAGACCGAUUUGGUGAGGGCCGAGCGGUCUCUGAUAAUUACCUACCCUUUGGUGUUGGACCCAGAGCAUGUAUAGGUUCAAAGGCCGGACUACUAUUUGUAAAGGUUGUUCUCGCAAAAAUUCUGUCUGAGUAUCGACUUGUGUACAAGUAUCCCGUUGCAGGAUUAAAAUUAGACAGGCGAGCUACUUUUACGACAGCUGCAAACGGUAUCAAUGUGGAAUUCACGAAACUGACCAAAUAA